AUGUCCUGCUACAGCAGGUAGCCCUGCCUGCCCUGCCAGUCCUGCCAGCCCUGCCGGCCCUGCGGCCUGACCCCGCUGGCCAACAGCUGCAAUGAGCCCUGUGUCAGGCAGUGCCAGAACUCCACCGUUGUCAUUGAGCCCUCCCCCGUGGUGGUGACCCUGCCCGGACCCAUCCUCAGCUCCUUCCCGCAGAACAUCAUUGUGGGAUCCUCCACCUCCGCUGCUGUUGGCAGCAUCCUCAGCUGUGAUGGAGUGCCCAUCAACUCUGGGUGCUGUGACCUCUUCUGCAUUGCCAGCUACUACUGUGGCAACAGAUGUCAACCCUGCUAA